AUGGAGAAAGUAUCACUAUCCACAAUUCAGAGAAGUGUGUGGGACGGACGGAUACCUCUGCAGAUUGUCUUAGCCCCUUCAGAGAGUCGAAGUUACAAUAAGACCGAUCCAUAUCUCAUCUCAUUUCCUCGUAUCUCAUAUCUCCCCUCUUUGUUACCAAGGCUCCGAGCCUUUUACUCAUCUUCUUUGAUCAAUCCAAAUUCUCAGCACCAUGAAGGCUGGUUUGAAUUUGAGGGCGUGCCUCUAAAAUGGCACUACCCAGUUGGCCUGCUUUUCGACCUGUACGCUGGAGUAGAUCCAGCCACCAAGCGAGCCAAUAUGGGCGACGAUUCCCGAAACAGCCAAUCUUCAUUAUCAUGGACGUUGACAGUUCACUUCAGUGACUGGCCUUCUGAAGAUCUCGUUCGCCUAGAUCCAGACGGCAUGGUUAUGAAUGACGCAUUUAUCAACAGCGUCAAAGAGGCAGAUUUCCUCCGGAACGGCACAGCCAAAGGCAUUAUGAGUCUUUCCAAGGAGGACUCUUCAGGUCUCUGGCAAGCUGUCGAAAAUGUGGAUCUCCCUUCCUUUCAACGCAUCUCACAUGUUCUCCUCCCGCCAUUAUCACAACCAUUUCGCAAUGUCCCGAUUCGGAUAUUCUUGCCCCUACCACCUGAUGAAGACUCUUCCUCACUAAAGGUUGUUCAGUCACCGCUUCCACCUUCAGUAGCGACUAAUCUUCAGGCCAGUCAGGCAAUCAGCCCUCGAUCAAGUCCCAGUACGCAAGUUCAAACUGUGGGCGGUAUCUUGAAUAAGCUACUUCCCAACCUUUUUCCUAGUCGAAGAACACCAGUUCUUGCGAAGCCGGUAUUACAUGGUGCCGUACUUCCCAUGUCAGCUCCAAUCGAAGAGGUGGUGAGAAGCUCAGCUUAUGGAGACGGGUGGGCAUACUUGGUUGUUCGAAUGAUGGGAUGA